AUGCGCAAAGGGCGCCACCAGCUCGAGACCUUCGUGCGCAGGCAGCACGCCGGCGCUGAAACCUUCGAGCAGGCGGUGGAAAGAGAAUCGUCGCAGUGGAAGGAGCACGUGGCCAAGGCAAACGACGAUAAGGACGUGAGAGUUCAGCAGCGUCGCGUGCUGCCGGAGCUGCUGCCCGGGCUGCAGGUCGUGCACGACAUCAAGGUGGGGAGGCCCGGCAGGCCCGACGACACUGUCUACCUCAAGUCCCGAUACGCUAGAGAGUGGCUGCCACGGGGCAACUGCAUCGCAGAGUGGCCGACUGGAGGCGCGGCCUACUUCUUCCCACUCAUUCGCGGGUACCGGAAGUUCACGGGCCAAGAGGACGACGGGGAGCUCAAGAAACAGUCGGGGCAUGAGGAGGACGAGCUCUCCAAGUUCUUCAUCAAGCCGCAAGCCCAGAGCAAGUGGGUGAUCUCGACUACCAAGGAGAACGGCGAGGCCGGCCACUUGUCGGUGCUGAAGCGGAGCGACGGCGAAUUCGUCUACGUGCUUGGGUCGAAGAAUACGCACCUGAUGGCGCGGACUCUCGAGGACAUUGAGCGCGUGAGAGAAAUCCACAGAGUGGAAGGAGGCGACCCGUUCCUUGCUGCAGCUCCCAUUGCUACGGCGAUUCUGCGCAUGCUGUUUGCACUCGAGCCAGCCAAGCGGACGCUACUGUGUGAAUUCUUGUGGCAGACACGAACCACUGCGUCUUUCGAGGUGCUGUGUCCGAGCCACCAACACGUGCAGCUACUGGACUACCUGUCGGAAGACACGCCAGUGUUCUAUGGGCUGUCGCUUAUGUCAUACAACUCAUUCGAUGGUGCCGAGAUCUGCGUGAACCCCGUGCUACUAUACGAGUUCAUGCGAGCUCUCGGAGUGCGCACCGUCACCUACGAUGUCGUUGAGUUCAACGUGGACGCCUUCGAGGCCGCGCUUGAGCGCAGCAAGCGUGCCUAUCAACAUGAAGGCGGAGUUCACUUGUUCUUGGACGAAGACGCCGCUGUAAUCGGGAUGCAGAAGCACAAGAGCAUUUGGUACGUGUGUCUGCGUGCGAUCCGAGAGAAGGCCAAAUCAUUCUGUCGUAACCUCAACUCGAAGAAACCUCCGAAGGGCAGGGCCAAGCCGCUGCUGCCGAAGGAGGCGCUGAAGCUAGCUAAAGACUCCGUGAAAAAGCGCUUCCGAGCCAUCCCAGCGUUCCUGCGCAUCUCGGACGAGGUCUCAAGCGCUUACGAGGCGCUGGGCGAGCAAUUCCUCGAGUACUUGUUCGAAGAGGAGCUGUUCCGUGGAGUUGCAGAUGGCAAGGAGCAGGAGGAGAAGUGCAAACAAGUUGCUAGAGACGUCGCUGACCUCUUCCCAGUCGUGUGGAAAAGGUUCCUUGAACGCACAGGUUUGAAUGAUGCCAUCGGGCAGUAA